CUUGUGCUAGAGAGGUAUGGAGUGGUAUCAGAAGAGGAUUUGAUCAUUAUAGAGGGAGGUGACAUUACGAACACGACAAAUCAGCUUUUGAAAUCCUUUGAAUGUCAUUUGGUUGCUAAGAAGGACAACAGACGCAUAGGAAGGAAGAGACAUUCAGAAAGUAUACCAAAAUACGAGCUUUGAAAACUCAAGACAAGGUAGAAAGUACCUCCAACAAAUAUGAAGCUUUCCUCAACUUUUGUGGCUGUGUACCUACUCCUUGUACAUGUUUGCUGGGGGGAGUAUUCUCUUCCAAAAUUUGUCUGUACCCCAAUGCCUCUGGAUAUGGAUUGCCAGUCAAAUAUGCAACGUCACAGUGCAGGUGCAGGUACAGGUAACCAUUGGGUAGGGAUGCAGGAGGAAGCCAAAGAAACCAUCCUGCAUUUACGUGAGACGGUGGUACAUCAGAAGGAAACAAUUUUAGACCAAAGGGAAACAAUCAGGGAGUUGACUCUUAAAUUAAGCCGCUGUGAGGGCUAUCCACACAGCAGGGGGCAUGAAGAGAGUUAUAUUCACACUCCAGAACAUGGACAAGAAAGGGAACAUGGACAUGAAGACAGUUAUGGACAUGAAAGUACACAUGGACAUGAGAGUGGGCAUGGUCACGAAAGAGAGCAUGGACAUAAAAGGGAACAUGGACAUGACUGGGAAGAAGGCCACGAAAGAGAACAUGGUCAUGAAUGGGAGCAUGGGCACAAGAGAGAACAUGGACAAGAAUGGGAAGAUAGACAUGAAAGAGAACAUGGGCAUGAGCGAGAGCAUGGCCAUGAAAGAGACCAUAUUCAUGGGCACGAUGAUGUCCAUGGGCAUACUAGAGAUCAUGAGUACCCUCAUCUCACUCAUCGUGAGUAUCGCGAACAGCCAGCUCAUGACUCUUAUCGAAAACCCAGUGCUCCACCAAACACAAUGGAAGAUCCCCCAGAAGUAACCCCACCUGGAAUUCCUCAAAUGGAAAGAAUGCUGGAGACAUUAAAAGAAAGACUAGAACAUAUACAGACUUCCAGGAACUCAACACUCUUUUCCACAACUUUGAGGGACAACAUCCAAAAAAAGAUCAGCAUCCUUGAACAACAGAUACAUGACAAGCAGAAUGGUACUGGUCAUCAUGAGGACACAGUAAGACACAAGCUGGAUACCAGCAUGGUCGGGGGAGAGAAAGGACACAAAAGUGAUAAAAAAUCCAACGACUUCCGAGUCAGUUUCCCAUUCAGAACAAAUUAUAUGUACGCCAAGGUGAAAAGAACCCUCCACCACGAGAUUUUUGCCUUCACCAUCUGCUUGUGGCUAAAGUCCAACUCUUCUCCUGGUGUGGGGACACCCUUUUCCUACUCUGUUCCUGGCCAAUCAAACGAGGUGGUGUUGAUUGAAUGGGGACACAACCCAAUGGAAUUACUUAUCAAUGACAAGGCUGCUACUUUACCAUUAGCUAUAAAUGACGCUAAAUGGCACCACAUUGGCAUUACUUGGUCAACCAGGGAUGGGGUUUGGGAGUCCUACCUGGACGGUGUAAGAAGAGGAAGUGGUGAGAACCUGGCGUCAUGGCACCCAAUCAAACCUGGUGGAGUUUUUGUCUUAGGACAGGAACAGGAUGCUCUGGGAGGAAGAUUUGAUGCCACUCAGGCCUUUGUGGGUGAAAUUUCUGACUUUAACAUGUGGAGUCAUAUUCUGACACCUGCUGAGAUUUUCAAGAUGGCCACCUGUGCCUCCCAUUCCACUGGUGAUGUCAUAGAGUGGGCAGAGUCCUCCAUGGAGCUCCACGGCGGUGUGUCCAAACUCCCAUUUAACUCUUGCCAUUGACAUGAGGAGUCCCUCCCUGUGCAGCAUGCUCUGAUACAGAACCCAGACAUGGAGUGGGUUCCUGACACCCCAAUGACUAUUACUUCAGUUGGAGUAGAAAACCUCUCCCCUUCAACAUGUUUCCUGCUAGUUUAUGUUUCUCGCUGCUUUUUAAUUGCUUAUAUCAUGU